AUUUCCUCCUUAUUACCUUCCUUUUUUCAGAAAUCAAAUUUUCCACAAUCGAUACUGCACUGCAGAUAGGGAUUUGAAAAGUUAAAAAGGCUGAAUGUGUCCAUCACCCGUGGAAGUGAGAAAAUAGCUCCGAAUCGCUUCGAGCCAGAGCGAGAGAGCCUGAAAAAAGGGAAAAAUCAGAAGCGGAAGAAGACGUAGAAGGAAAAGUGGUUCACCAAAGUGUAUUCGGAAGAAAAUUUAUCGAUUGGGUAUUUCUGUCUGCUGGUGUCCGAGACGAAAAGGGGACAAAAGGCAAGAAGAGGUUCGGAGUUUGGGAGUCCCUGCAGCACAGGUGGGAGUCACAAAAGGGGGUGAAAUGUGCUGAAUGUUAUCGGGGAAAAAAGUGCGUGUCAGUGUUAGUAAGUAAAAAGCAAGUGCUUGAAGGAAUUUUUCCGCUGUCGUCGCCUUUGUCGGUCUCGCAGUGAAAUUAAGAAGGAUUAUUUCGAGCAAUAGUUCGCAACCAGCCACCGUAAAAGUGCAAAAUGAUCUCAUUUAACGGUUCGCUGAGUGUCGCUGUCCCGAUGUCCGGCGUUUGAUUGAGGUGCUUCCACGAGUUGAGGAAAAUCGAUAAACUCGGAUUAUCGUCGACGACCUGUAAACGGCUUUGCGCUUUACACUCACGUAAUCGCCUGCGAGGGUAAACCAACCAACCGUACCUAGACGAAUUACGUCCAACGAGAAAGCCAGCAGAUUCAUCAUCCUCAGACGAGUGCAAACAACGAGCCAACCGAUUGAACCGACCAAGUCCCCUUCAGUUACAACAAAUCUUCGGCCGAGCCACCCUCUCUUUACGACCGGAGAAUUGCGUCUCCUCAAGGAGGGUGUGUGAUAUCUGCAGACGUGUGUGUGCGUUUCACUGUUCGCCCGCAGAGUGUUAUAUUUUUUCUCUUCGGUGUGUGACCUGUUUACCGAAGAAAACCAGCCUUCAUGAUCGGAUCAUUUUGGAAUCUGUGUAGAGCGUGCCCUUCAAUGCCUGUAGAUAAGCUCCACUCGGAAUACAGAAGCACCUAUCGAUGGCACGAAUACACCGGGGGUCCAGAAGUGGUCCGCAAGCCACCUGUGCCAAACCAAUUCGCCAGCUCCAAGGUGGAUCACUUUUUCUCCAAAUCAACGGAGGAUGAUAAAUUUAUCGAAGCAUCGAUCAACGAACCGCCCUUGCCGCGGAGGAAAAAAUGCCCGGAAUUAGCCUACCGGACGCACGAGUUCAUGGCGGCCAAUCAGCGGGGAGGAGGUGGCGAGCUUUCGGCCCAUGGGGGUCACGAUAGGCCCGACGCGGCCACGACUCACUCACGUGCUAGGUCUGAAGAACGCGGAACCCCUUCCCGUCGCAGUAAAUCGGAAGGACCACCAGCGGUUGCCAACGGACGGCUACCGACCGGAACCGGCACCGGCGGCAUCUCGAACGGAGUAGCACACGAGCCGGUCUCGGUCGAAGGCAGAGCGCAGGAACAGCCGGGUGAGUCUAGUGGCCUAUUCAAAAAAACUAUUAGCAAAUUGAGCACAGAGUACCGCCUGCAGUUCGUGUGGCCCCACGUGCGCAGGGCUAUCAAGGGGGCCACCGGUGAGGAUUCGGUGAUCGAGCCACCGCGCAAGUCCCUCUCGAUGGGUGCACUGAAGGCUGCGCAGGCCGCUGUCGCUGCCGGUGUCACCAGCAGUCACCAGCAGCACCACCACCAAUACCACCACUACCAUCAGGCGGUUCCCACCGUGCAUAAAAAACGAACCGCAAACGAGCGAGAAGCGAACGCUCACGAACUGGAACCCCUGGUGAACGACGUCGACGGUGAAAAGCCGCAGCAUGAAAAACGGGACGCGGCAGUGGUCGAGCACAAACUCAAGGCAUUCAAGUCGGAAAAGGAACGGUACGGUUUCGAGCCGGAACAGGAUGGUGGAGCCGCGUUGCGAAACAGUGCCGCCAUGGACAGCGCCUGGUACAAGGAAGUGCUGGAGCUGCGGAAGAAAGCCGGUGAAUACAGGAACCGAGGAUGGGGUGGAGAGAUCAACCCGGAGUUGUUCAACAAACAGCAAGAGCUCUGGGAUCAGGUGUCCAGGCGAAGCUCGCUGAGUGCCCUAUCGCUGGCGUCCAGUGUAAGACCGAUCACCAAAGAGGAGAAAGAAAAAGAAAACAACAAGAAGAGCUCUCCAACGAAACCGUACGCUCCCGGCCGUGGCAAGAUUCCCGGAAGUGCCCGACCAGUCGAAAUAGGAAAAGCCCUCCCGGAUGGAUUGGCGUUCUCACGUAGCCGAAAGGACAACAUCCGUCACCAUUUGGAGCGCACUACGGGUCCCGAUGUGGAAGAAGGCGCCCUGCUACCUUCACCCACUCGGGAAAAACUGAUGCCGGCAAUUCCCCGAUCCAAGGGAGAUAGCCCUCAGCGAGGAAGUCCACAGAAAACGGGUCUGUCGCGUCAUGGCAGCCCCCAAAAGGGAAGUCCCCAGAAGAGCAGCCCCAAGAAAAUGUCUAGUAAGGGUCGAUCACAAUCGGUGGGACCAGCAGUAGCGACCGACCACAGCGUUGCCAGCGUCGGAGGAGGUUCACCGAAGCGUCAGAUUCGCUCCGGUAGCACUGCCACUGCCUCAACGGCUGCCUCGGCGGCCAAAGCGCACAACAAGAAGACCCCUACGACGGCCACAACUCCGUCUCAACCUCCAGAGCGCCGACCCAGACCAACAACCCUUUCCACAACCACCACUCAUUCCCGCUCUAAGAGCAUUACUCAGCCCCAUAGUGGCCAUACAAGAGUGCAUUCCGCUCCCCCCAGUAGACCACCUCCCGUGGCGACCAACAACAACAAUAUCAACAACAACAUCAACAACAACAGCAACAUCCAGAACAACAAUUCCACCACCACCACCAUCAACAACAACAUCAAUAAUAAUACCAACAACAAUCAUUUGACCCCCAAUCAGACCUCCCAUCCCCUCCCACCCCCGGAUCGAAGCAAUAACAAUUCCAUCCCGAACAUUACAUCUUCCACCACCACAACCACAACGACCCAUCCUUCACGCGCUAAGCUCACACUCGGUCCAAAGAUUGGCUCGCAGAACCGACCUCGGGCGGCUAGUGCCACCUCGACGACGGCGUCGAAAAAACAAGAACCCUCGGCGGGGCGCAAAGCCGCCAAAGGCAAAACCGAAUCGGGACCCAAAUCCGCCGGAAACGAGGACGACGCCGAAAAGGACGGUGGCGUCUCGGUGUCCAGCGCCAGCCCCCUUCCGGCACCGGAAAUCACCGAGCAGAUCAUCAAAUCACCGCCGGAACCAACGCGAGUCAAAUCUCCCGAGCAGAUCAUUAUGCGCUCACCGGAUCCUGUCAACUGGACCGUUCCGCUCGAUACGGGUAAAACCUUCACCGUGACCCAAAACGUCCGCGAAGGUGAGUUGUUUGCAGGUGAUCCUAUGAUCCGACCUCAUAGCGAAAUCAAGGCUUCAACUCCAGUGGACCAUCCACCACCAGCACCACAAUCAGCACCGCCAGAGCUUUCAGAACAAAUCAAGUUACCUAAUACAAAACUUGAACCAGAUUCGAUCAAGGAAUCCGAGGACGAAGAUGAUGACCUGCUAAAGUCCAAAUCGUCCGUCACUUCGUCGGUGAACCAACCGAUUUCGGUGGCCGUUCCGGUUGAAUCUGCGGCCUUACCGGCAACGACAGUACCUCAACCGACAGCCGUGGACACGUCGGCGCCAGCACAAAGCAACCCGGAACCGGUGCGGUUCGACAAACCCGUCCCCGGGUCCACACUUCGCUGUCUGGAGGAUCCGGACUUCGAUUCGGACAUCAACUCACCGCAGGGUAGCCGAAACGUUGCCUCCGAAGUGUUGGACAAAGCCCGGGAUCGGUUCGAUCGCUUCUGGGGCAAUCCGGACGGAGCGAAACCUGACGAGUCCUAAAUUCUACCACACAGUUGUAAGUGAGCUUGUUUUAGUACAUCUAUCGUAGAUACGCGUCAGGUUUUGGGCUACGGGGAUUCAGUUCCGCCAUAAUUGAAUAGGACUGAUCGCCCGGACCUUGCCUCUCCCCAUCGCUAUACCUUUCCCCAAGAAAUGGGUUUCAUCUUUGCGCGCUUGUAUCCACGCGGAGAUCCUCAAUGAUUUGAUAUCUCUAGUCUCUUGUAACGAAGAAAACAAAAACCGGUAGCCAGAAUGAUGUUAUCACUUGUGUAAAACCACAUCUCGACAGGGUAGACUUAGGAUGUUAUUACUCUUUCCCAAUAUAUAUACAUACACUAGAUCAGAAACAGAAAAAAAAUCACUCACAAUGCAUAUACUUGGAAACAACCUUGAUUCGGAAAAAUUCACUUUCUAGAUUCUGAUUCUGCGGAGUCAGAACAACGCGGAACCUUAUGGAGAAGGGUCUUGUACUGUGCCCUCCCAUGUUUCCUAUCUUGUUAUCUAAUGUUUAGGAAGCCAGUUUCCGGAAGAUUUUUGCCUGCUUGAUCAAUUGUAGUCUUAGCAAGGCAGGUGCCCUCAGAUAUAUCCCGUAUCGUUUUGAGAGAAGUAUUUUCUCAAAAGCGCAUUAUUACACCCAAUCACCUAUCACCACGUCAUGGUUACUCAAUUCACGCCAUCACACUCAAUUGAUGGGAGAACAUGCUACAAAGAAUUUUGAUUGUUUUUUUGUUUUGCACUUGACGUAUGAGCUUAAUUUUUCAAAACAUGUUUAAGGGCCAGAAUACAGCAUGAGAAUUGAUGAGAUUGACAGAUGUGCGAUAAUUUCGAAAUACUUCCUGAGCAUAUAUUGAAAUACUUUAGCAUGGUCUCUCUGGAUGUUGACAGAGGAGCCCUCAGAAUACUUCCAGAGGAGCCCUCUGAAUACUUACAGAAGAGCCCUCUGGAUACUACCAGUGGGUCUCUCUGGAUCUUUUCAGAGGGUCUCUCUGGAUGCUUCACGAUGAGUCUUCUGGAUGGUUCCAGAAAAGCCCUCUAAAUGCUUCCAGAGGAGCCAUCUAGAUACUUCUAGAGAAGUCCUUUUGAUAUUGCCAUAGGAGCCCUCAGAAUACUUCUAGAGGAGCCCUCUGGAUACUUUCAAAGGAUCCCUCGGAAUACUUCCAAAGAAGCCCUCUGGAUACUUCCAAAGGAGGCUUCUGGGUACCUUCACAGGAGCCCUCUGAAUACCUCGAGAUGAGCCCUCCAGAUUCUUACAGAAGAGCCCUUAGGAUGCUUCCAGAGGAGGAUUCUGGAUGCUUCCAGAGGAGGCCUCUGGAUGCUUCCAGAGGAGGCCUCUGGAUGCUUCCAGAGGAGGCCUUUGGAUGCUUCCAGAGGAGGCCUAUGGAUACUUCCAGAGGAGAUCUCUGGUUGCUUCCAGAGGAGAUCCCUGGAUGCUUCCAGAGGAGAUCCCUGGAUGCUUCCAGAGGAGCCCUCGGGGUACUAACAGAGGAAACCUCUGGAUGCUUCCAAAUGAGCGCUCUAGAUACUUUCAAAGGAGUUCUUUGGAGACCAGAAGAGUCCUCUGUAUAUUUCUAGAGAAGUCCUCUGUAUACUUUUAGAGGUGCUCUCUUGAUACUUUUAGAGGAUUUCCAGAGUCCUUUGGCCCCUCUCUAUACAUAGUAGCUCUACAGAUGCUUCCAAAGCUACCCUGGGUGUUUCCAAGGAGCAUUCUGGAUACUUCGUAGGGAGAAGCUCAAUAGAUGCUUUCAAAAGGCACUCUAGAUGUUAACAAAGAAGCUUUUUGGGUACUUCAAGGAGAGUCCACUGGAUAUUUCCCCAAAAGCCUCUUUGAGAGCUUUAGAUGUAAGUAUUCCUAAUUCGGUUGACCAGAUUGAAGAGAUGCUAUUUGUUGCAUUGGAGCUGCUAACUGUUCUCGUUCUUCACUUGGAGGAAUUCUUAGAUAUUUGGUCUUCUAAAAAUCCCAUUAAUAUAUAUACAACAGUAUAACGUUUCGUAUUCGCACUUCUUCAUUUCACCAAACCUAAUUGGUAUGGAGCAAAUAUUAUAAGCUUUUUCUGUACUCAUGAGUAAUUGGUAGGUAAUUCUUAGGAAGUAUUUCGUCACCUUCGACAAUCAACAUGUAAAAUUCCAACACACCUUCGCAAAUGGCUUUGACACACUUUUCACAAUCGUAGAAAGUUGAACCGUGAUCGGUGCAAUUACUUCCAAUCUUUAAACCAUAAUUCAACGAAUGCGAAUUGAACUUGACGAAGGAUGAUGCGGAACGCAGUUUCAAACGAUAGCUCCUUCCACUCGUACUGAGGAACGCAGAGGUAAACAAGACACUCCUAAUUAAUUACCCGCUCCCUUGUUUAUGAACAUCAAUGCUCCUGGAUUCAGAAGCAACCACUCCCUUUUUUUAUGUCGUUAGAUACGAACCGGAAGAAACCGCGAAACAACUUUCUACGACUUAUGUUGUGAAUGUGUCUCAUUUAUGCUUUCGCUGUCAUUCGUAUGAGAUGACAGUUUUGGUUUAAGUGUGGCUUUAAAGAUAUUUUUUUUUAAUUUUGAGUCAGCCAUAAAACCAUAACAAAAUCUUGAACGUUGCAUAGCAAGAGAAACACCUUUUGGAAAGGAGAAACAUCAUCCGUCUUUCAACGCAAAACCAGACGUCAUAAACGUAAAUAAUACACUCAGAAAAAAAAAUAAUAAAAUGGCUAUCUCGAAGCUUUUUUGCAACCACACAAUAAAACAAGCAAAACAGCAAAAAACUACAACACUACAGUUAAAUCAUUGCACGAAACAUUUGAAAAUUAUCACAAUACAGAAAAGUCGUUGUGAAAGUGAUGCGACAUGAAAUAACUCCGGUUUAGCUAGGUCAGGAAACCCAAUCAAUUACGAAAUAAAACAGCUAUUUACACACUAAGCAAGUAAAACAGGUGAACAAAUACAGCGAGAGAGAGAGACAGAGAAACAAUUGAAACUCACACGCAUCUUCACAAAACCACUUUCACACGGUCAAACAACAAGUAACAAAGUCAUUGAAGCAGCAUGUCUAAAGAAUGGCCCGUCCAAGAUUGUCUCCGAUAGAAUUUUUUUCGUUUGGUUUUUGUCACACGUAGAAAAACGGCCAUGUUUACACAGUAAAAAAAAAGUCGAAAAAACCGCAUACAAAGCCAUCAGUUUUACGCGAUGGCUGUCCAUCUUUCGAGAUACGCGCGAUAGAAAUAAUCGCUUUUUCGCUUAGUAUACAUACAAACAUACAAACAUACGUAGAUGCUUUUUCGGAAGUAAUUUUUCCCGACUAUUCGAUGUUUAAAAUACGCGAAACACUAGCAGGCAUCAUCGCAGGGGUAGGUACUUGACAUAUUACAAAAACGCAACCGUCAUCUGUCCUGGAUUUUUUCUUUCGGAAUUAGUUUUGUAUACGAUCAUCGCCGCGUACAUUUUGAUAAAAGAAGUAGUGAUUUUUGGAUGAGGAAUUUAUUGAGAGGGAAAAUCGGUUUUUGUUAGGUGACAGAAGGAUUACAGUUUACAGUAAAUGUUUUCUUUAAGCAAGAAUUGAAAGAAUGCUCAAAGUUGAUUGAUUGUUUUGAAACGGUUAUACUCUAAUAUAAUUAUUGAAACCCCCUAGGGGAUUUAGUUUGAAUCCCAAAUGGGAAUUCAGUUCUAAUCCAAAAGGAGAGAUUCUGUUGGACCCCACAAGGGGAAUCUGUUAGAUCACCCCAGGGAGAUUUUGUUCGUACCCCACAGGGGUAUUCCGUUCAAACCCCACAGGGUUAUUUCGUUCAAACCCCACAGGGGAAUUCUGUUCGAACCCUCAGGGGGAUUCUUUUCGAAACCCCAGAGGGGUUCUGUUCGAAACCCCGGGAGAUUCUGUUUGAACUCCCAGGGGGAUUUUUUUCGAACCCCCAGGAGGAUUCUGUUCGAACCCCUCAGGGGGAUUAUUUUCAAAUCUUCUUAAGAGAUUCUGUUCGAACCCCCCAGAGAAAGUGUUUUUUCAACGAUUCAAUCAACUUCUAGCAUUCAUCGACGUCAGUUCUCCUAUAUCUUGACAGACCAUCGAAGCCGAUCCAUAGAAAUGUCAUUCGCUAAGCACACAAGUCAUUCCAUUAUUGAGAGAUAGAGUCAGGCAGAACGUAGUUAGAAAACGAAAUCAAUGGAAUUCCAUUUCCCAGCUUUACACAUACACUUGAUGAUGAUUGACAGAACGAAUGACUUGGGGGAAGCAAAUUUUGCUAAGCAUUAAGUAUAGUUACAAGCCAGAUAUUUGAAGAAAUUGCGACGACAGUAGGCAUCAUCGGAUAUUAUAAAAAACUAAACAGGUCACAACAAACUCAAAACAUUAAGUGAAAAGCAACAAGUUUUUAAAAUUACCUAAUUUAAGAAAAACAGAAACUACACUACAUUAAAAUUUAACGAAAGAUAGGAAACUCUGUUGAAAUGAAGUGAAUAAAGAAAAAAAAACAGUGAAAUAACAAACUAUUUAAAGUGAAACAAGCAAAAUCGCAUUUACGUGUUACUUGACAAAAGGAGAAGAAAAAGAAACCUACUAAUAAUUGCAGAGAGAAAAAAAGUUAAGUGAGCGAAAAAAGCAAGUUCCAAAUUUAACCUGUUGUUCGUCACACUAGAAGUAUUACUGUUGUAUUGCAAGUGAGAUAAUAACACAAAAAAUUGAGCUGCUUGAUCAGAGUUCAGGAAAUUUAACACAGAAAAAAUAAAAUCCAUUGGACAUUAGUUUUCGCUUUUUUGUGAUACUGAAACUCGGUAACAAUAGCGAGAGAGAGCGCAGUGUGGGGUCACGUUGAUUGAUUGAUCGAUAGAUAGAUUGCCUAAAUGAGUGGAGCGAAAUGAGGGGAAGAGAGGGCGUGCUGAGAGGAUAAAAACGAUAAUAAUUUAUUCGCCCCGGAGCCCUACUGGCUGACUGAACGGCCGUUAGCGAGCUAAAAAUACGCAACCCAGCAGGGGUGGGGCUCGACCGGGUCUAUUACUGCAACUAUCACCUGUAGCCUGUAAGUAUACUUAUAUUGAUUAGUUUCUGUUACAAGGAACAGGAUACAACACUUGUACGUAUCGGAUGUGUUGAAGGACCGUAGCGCUUAAUGGAACAUUGUUGUACUGCUUAAACCGAUCUAACCAAUUACUUUCCAAUAUAAAAGAAUCACUGCUAGGUGUGGUGAGACGUCGCUUCCUCACUCUGGUGAGCUCGUUUUAUUUAUUGCAUUGCGAUAUUUUCUUCAACCAGCCUGGAUUUGUUCCCGUAGUAAUCUUUAAUUUCACAAUGCACUUUUUUAAAACGCAGACGGCAAAUGCUUCGGAUCGGAGCACAGGCGUGACUGGGAAAUAUACGGAACGAAACGAUUGAAAUGAAUUUUUAUGAGAUUUUAGAGACUUUUAUUAGUAGUUGUAUGAGAUUCGAUAAAUGUAAAAGUUUUCAACCAAAAUUGGCAGCAAAGUUUAUCCCGAUUGUUUUCUACUUGUAACUUGCUUUGUCCGUAAAUCAAAUAAAUCUAAUCAUAAGAUUAAUCCUAGCUCGCUUGAUAUCGAAAGCUGUAAAAGAUUUGAACUGAAUGAAUUCUGUGAGACGAUUUGCGACAGCAAGACAAAGAGCGAACCGCAACUUUUCGAUGGCAAUGAAGGAAAAAAAACUCACAAAACACUCACACGUUUACUGCGAAGAAGGUGUAAUUCUUCAGUUGACACUAGUGAUUUAUAUACCUAAUAUCCAAUUAUUACAACCGAAACAGAAGAAAGAACAACAAAACAAUGACAAACAACAGUCGCUAAUGAUAAAACUAGAUUUUAAAAUCGACAAAUAAAAAUACACUGGGAAAAUUA